AUGUUUAUUCCAAUUGAGUCUCAAAGGUAUGCGAAUCGAAACAAUAGACCGCUCUCUCGGUCUUUGAGCGACUCUAAUAAAGACCAAACCAUUUUGAAAGUCUAUCCGAGUGGUCAAUACGGACCACAGGAUAAGACAUAUGAAGACGCGGGGGUCCCGCCGCGGGUCAAGCCUUAUAUGCCGCCCGAUAUACCGCCACAAGAAGACACCGUCUAUGAGUCUAAGCCAACUCAAGUCGAUAGUAAAGCCGAUGAAGAGACCAAAAGUUCUGCCGACGAUAAUAUCUCUAAUUUGGGUGACUUUAAGGGCGCGAAUGGGUGUAUAUGUGUGCCGUACUAUCAGUGCGACGACGGAAAUAUAAUAACCGACGGCUCGGGUAUUAUUGAUCCGCGAAAGAUCAAGCCAUCGGAAAAGGAGAUUCCAUUGGAGUCCGACUUUAAGCCUCCGUUUUGCGGCACAUUUCACGUGUGUUGCUCCGAACCGGAGUCGUCUACAACAAAGCCUUACAGCCAUAAGUGUGGGAUCAGAAACCCGAGCGGAAUCAACAAACGAAUCUUAGCGCCCGAACAGAAGGGAGAGUCGGACUUCGGUGAGUGGCCGUGGAUGACAGCCGUCCUCAAGAAGGAAAACGGCGCCAAUCUAUUCCAAUGCGGAGGAGUACUCAUCGAUCGGUUCCAUGUCUUGACCGCCGCUCACUGUGUCGUUCAAUUCUCUAAGAAUAAUGAUUAUAAAUUAGUGGUCCGUUUGGGUGAAUGGGAUACACAAAAGACCACUGAAUUCUACGCUCACGAAGACUAUAAUGUAGUGAAUAUUGAAAUUCACGGCUCGUUCAGGAAAGGGAGUCUUCACAAUGACAUCGCGUUAUUGAGACUCGAGAAUGAGGUCCAGUUUAAGCCACAUAUCGAUAGCGUUUGUUUGCCAUCACUUGAAGAAAAUUACGAUUCGUUGCAAUGCGUGACCACUGGUUGGGGCAAAAGUGCUUACAAAGGCGGCAGUUAUUCAAAUAUACUGAAAGAAGUGAAGGUUCCGGUACUCAAUCACUACGAGUGUCAAAAAGCGUUAACUCAAACAAGACUCGGACCCCGAUUCAGACUUCACAAUAGUUUCAUGUGUGCCGGGGGUGAGAAGGGGGUCGACAGCUGUAAAGGUGACGGAGGCGGACCACUUGUUUGCUAUAGAAGUGACGGCACGUAUUCGUUGGCCGGAAUAGUAUCAUGGGGUAUUGACUGUGGAAAGCCAGGAGUUCCCGGAGUUUAUGUGAAAGUAUCCAAAUUUUUGCAAUGGAUUUCCGAACACACGGGCGAAGCGAUUGAAAACUAUUGGCCACACAAUGAAUAAUAAAUAUUCAUUAUAUAAUAAUUAUUGUAUACAUUAUUUUUAUUUAUUAAUUUUACAAAAAAAAUAAAUUGAUCAUAAUCUUAAAUAUUAAAUUACCAAUGAUUAAAAUUAAAUAAACAUUCGGGCAC